AUGACUACUGAAAAGAAAGAAAAGAUGGAGGCGCAGGUCAAGUCGGUUGACAUGACUGAGGAUAUGCAGCGGGAAGCUAUUGAUCUCGCUAUCGAGGCCAUGGAGAAAUACCACAUUGAGAAGGAUAUCGCGCAGUACAUUAAGAAAGAGUUUGACUCCCGAAAGGGUGCUACCUGGCACUGUGUUGUCGGGCGCAACUUUGGUAGCUUCGUCACCCAUGAGACGAAACACUUCAUCUACUUCUACCUGGGCCACUGUGCCAUCCUCCUCUUCAAGACCCAGUAA